CCGGGGACGGCCCAAUGAGUAUACGAGAUGUGUUCUCCGGUCGUCAGAGCCUAAACAUGGGAGACGAGGAUGACUGGGUGGACGAGGACGAUGAUACGUCGCCUUUUAUGGGCGGACUGGGACAAAUGCCUACCUCCACGUCUGGACCCUUGCAGAGCCAAGCGGCUGAGACAUUCACACUCUCAGCCCCGCCUCGGUUCACGAACGCGAGCCAUGGGACCGCCAAACGCAGCGCAAGAUCCGCUGCCAGCACAGGUCGGAGGAGCAAGUCUAGUCAUUCCCCAGUUGGAAGGUCAUCCCCAUUACCGACUGAAACUACCUUCGAAGAACCUAGAGCAACUUCCCGCAGGCAGUUGCCCACCGGUAGAUCGGUGAGUGCCGGGUAUCGUGCGCCCGCCAUUCAAGAAGAAGAUGAGGAUGAGGGGGAGCAAGAUUAGGGGCGUACGAGACGCCACUCGAACGCUUCAAUCGGCUUUCCAUUGUACGCUUUCCUCUGAACACUGGUUUGAUUUCUUGCUAGAAAAGACGUCCUUCGCCCUCGGAUUCAUUGUAUGAUGGUUUCCAGGUUGCCUCAUGGUUUAUACUCAGAGACCAGUUGCUUUGGUCCUGUAUCUCGAUUCAUUCCCGUCUCCUUGUCUUCAUGCUCUCUUCUCGCACGCUAUGCAAUCAUAUACCCACCCCUUAUUCUCUUCAUACCUGUCUCCUCGUAAUUGGAGGACUGGACUUGUCUCGCUAGGUCAGAGAAACCGCAUAUCUACGUCUUGGUGCAUAUGCUCAAUGCAGCUCACUUCAUCGCUCGCUGUCUG